AUGGAUGACAUCGAGCACCAUCAUUCCCCGCCAAUCUCUCUCCACAAACACCAAAUUCAAUCUCUCACUCAAAAUGUUAUUUUCCUACAGGAAUUUCUCCAAGGUUACAAGUCCCCGGUUUCUAAUCAGGACGAAGCAGAUCCAUUGGAGAUGCGUAUUGCAGAUGCAGCAUAUGCGGCUGAAGAUGUUAUCGAAUCCCAUAUCGUGGAUAAGAUUCAGGAAUUUCUCCAAGGUUACAAGUCCCCGGUUUCUUAUCGCGACGAAGCAGAUCCAUUGGAGAUGCGUAUUGCUGAUGCAGCAUAUGCGGCUGAAGAUGUUAUCGAAUCUCAUAUCAUGGACAAGGUUCGGCUGAGUAGACCCAAAUCAACCAAAAUCAGACGUUUCUUCAAUUGCUUUCGAGGUCCUAAGGAUAAUGGUAACCCAAUCAAGUUGUAUCAAGAUUUACAAAAUGUGAUAGAAGAAAUGGACCGGCUCAAGACAGUGGCUGUGGAGACCAACACGGUGAAAGUGAUGGUGCUCCGUGAUCAACGAAAUAGAUUCGUCUCUUCAUCCACUAGGAAGAAGAGUAGUGGGGGCAUGAUGGUGUUCUCUGAUGAGGUCUUACUUGGGAUCAUGGAAAAGCUUGUUGCAGACGAACCUAGUCGCCAAGUCAUCCCGAUCACAGGAAUGGGUGGGAUAGGUAAGACCGCUCUUGCUCAAACUGUUUAUACUAAACAAGUUAUUAAGGAGCGUUUUGAUAUUUGUGCUUGGGCUACUAUUUCUCAACAAUACAACACCAGAGAUAUUCUAGGUGAACUUGUUUCUCAAACCAGUAAAAAAGACGAAAACCAACUAAGUGAAAGGAGUGAAGAAGAUUUAGGAUUAGAGCUCUACCAAUAUUUGUCUGGUAGAAGGUUUCUAAUUGUAAUGGAUGAUAUAUGGGAUAUUGAGUCUUGGAAUGAGAUACAACAUUUCUUUCCUGACAAUGGGAAUAGCAGUCGGAUAAUGGUGACGACUAGGCUAUCAAAAUUGAGUUCUCAAUUAAACAAUCAUUAUAGCCAUCCAAUGAAAUUUCUUGAUGAGGUUAGUAGUUGGGUCCUAUUCUCCAAAAUCGUUUUUGGAGAUGAACAUUUUCCUCUUGAAUUGGAGGAAAUUGGAAAAGAAAUUGUAAGCCGAUGUAGAGGACUUCCUCUAUCAAUUGUUGUAGUUGGAGGUAUUUUGAAAAAUAUUGAACACACACAAGAAUGUUGGGAGUCAAUAAGGAACAACCUAACAUCAUUGGUUAACUUGGACAAUGAUAAGCAUUGCUUGAGAUUGCUGAAAAUGAGCUACAAUCAUUUGCCAAUCUACUUAAAGCCUUGUUUCUUAUACAUGGGCGUGUUUGAGGAAGAUGAUGCAAUCUUAGUCUCAACAAUCAUUAAGCUAUGGGUUUCUGAAGGAUUUCUUAAACCCGUAGAUGGCGAAAUUUUGGAAAUAAUUGGGAAAGAGUUCUUAAAGGGCUUAGUAGAUAGAAAUCUCGUUCUAGUUGAUCAGUUGGGGAGCACCGGAAAUAUAAAACGAGUCAAGGUUCAUGAUUUGGUUAGAGACCUAUGCGUGAAGCAGGCUAAUGAAGAAGGAUUUUAUCAUGUUAUUGGAGAAUCUAGUCCUCGGGGCAUGAAUAGCCAACGCCGCAUUGUUAUACGCAGGAAAACUUCAGAGGAGAAAGUCUUUGAUGACUUGCAAUCUAUGCCACAUGCUCGUUCCAUUAUCUGCGAGCAUGGGAAAGUUCCACAAUGCCAAAAUUUUGGAUUGCUGAGGACAAUACACGCAUACAAAUUUCGUAAUUUUAAAGAGGAACACUACAUAAGUUCGCUUGUGUCUGGGUAUGUUAACUUGCGGCACCUUGUUGCUAAAGUUGACAGCAUGUCCCCAAUUUUUUCUUCCUUCAACCAUCUUUGGAAUUUGAAGACAUUGAUCAUAUUGUGUUCGAAUGAGUCUAUUGUGCCUACUGAGAUUUGGAAAAUGCCGCAAAUUAGGCACAUUGUCGGGAUCAGGAAAAAAUUGAUACUCGUAGAUCCUUCGAGUGAUGCUGCUGUCAUGGAGAAUCUAGCGGUACUUAGUGGAACGCUUAAUUUCAAGUUCACUGAUGACGUGAUUAUGAGAAUUCCUAAUAUCAAGAAAUUAGUGAUACAUUAUUCAGGAAGCAAGGAAAUGAGCCAUGAUGAUUAUUAUUGUUUAGGCAAUAUUCAAUGUAUGUCUAAAUUAGUAUCUCUACUUAUCUCCAGUGAGUCUCAUUUUAAUGGGAAUGCCUCUUUGGACAAGCUCACUUAUCCACAAACACUCAAGAGCUUAACUCUUGAGAGCAAAAGUGACUUUGAAUGGGAAAUGAUAUUGGGAAAGAUAGGUUCGUUGCCCCUUCUUGAGAAGUUCACGUUGUGGCGUGGAUGCUUUGGAACAGGCAAGUGGGAAGUCUUAGAAAACCAAUUCCCGUGCCUCAAGUACUUGAGAUUGGUUUCGUGUAAUAACCUGAGACAAUGGACCGCAGAAACAAGCUCAAUCUUUCCAUGCCUUGAGAAGAUUCGCCUUGAAAAUUUAAAAGUGUUGGGGAAUAUCCCAUCUGAAAUUGGAGACAUGCCGUUGCUUCAAAACAUAUGGAUACGACAUUGCAGCGAAGCAGCGAUGAUAUGUGCGAAGGAGAUUGUAGAGGAACAAAUGUAUCUACAAGGGGAGAAUCUUCCCUUUGGAAUUCAGGUUAUGGUUCCACUUCAUAAAAAGGAAGCAAUGCAAAGUAUGGUUGGUCCCAACUUUGAAGUUGUAUAUACCGGAUAGAGGAGCGGACUCAGAAAAGAAUAGUGUGACUAUGUUUUCUAAAUUGUAAUUUGAUUUAUUUUCUUCUC